UUGUAGCAGAACCUCCAUCAGAAGGAUUAAGAUGAGCAACACGAUCAACUAAGAUUCUUUCUGCUUCUACUGUAUAUGAAAGAGGUCCAACAAAAAAAAAGUGUAUCGAGUGGUUUGUGUUGAUUGAAGAGUACACAAGUAGCUAACUUUAUCGGAGAAAGGUAUAAUCACUAAAACUUUAAAUUCUUAAUUUAGUGGAGUUUGAAUAUCUUAGAUAUUCAUCCGUAGUGAAGUAGGUUCUGUGAAUAUACAUGUACUGCGGUCGGAUGGGUGGAUAGUUUUAAUAUUGUUUUGUUAGUUUUGUAUUAUUUUGUGUGUUUGUUUUUUGUUUUUUGCAUGUUUAAAAUUUUUGGGAACGUCCAAUUACAGUUGUUAUGCUGUCGAAAUUUCGGUCGAAUUAGGAUAAAUUUCAUUAAAAAUACAUAAAUUUUAGAUAAAAAAUGUAAGAACUUAGUGAAAAUUUAUAUGUGUGGUGAUUAAUAAAUACACAUUCAAACAAAUAAUUUAAUAAAGUUUUUUUUUUCUUUUUUAGAAGUUGCAAAAUGGAUAGAAAUUGGAUGAGUGCGAAUAGAUUAUCAGCAGAGUAUAAGGAAGGUGUUGACUUUUUUUUGGAUUUUUGUCAUAAGCACGCAAAAAAUCCAAAGUUGAUUCUUUGUCCUUGUCUUAAAUGUGGUAACAUGGAGCGUAUGAAUACUAGUAAAAUAAAGGAGCAUUUAUUUAGGAACGGAAUAGACAAGAGUUAUAAGGUUUGGUGUUACCACGGGGAAAAUAUUAGAGUUCAUGGCGAGGAAACAUCUAAGUCUAAGAAGGUUAAGAAUGUUAACUUGGAUUAUCAGGAUGAUCACAUUCCAGAAAUGAUAGGAGAUGCACAAUUUCAAUCAAAUGUCGAUCCAUUGGAAUUUCAAAAUUUUGUAGAGGAUGCUGAGAAACCUAUUUACCCUAAUUGUAAUAGGUUUACUAAAUUGUCUACGCUUGUUAGAUUAUACAAUAUAAAAGGGAAACAUGGGUGGAGUGAUAGAAGUUUUACGGAUUUACUAGCUUUUCUAGUAGAGUUAUUACCUGAAGGUAAUGAGAUGCCUUUGUCUUUCUACGAGGCAAAGAAGACACUGUCUUCCUUAGGUAUGCAAUAUGAAAAGAUACAUGCAUGUCCUAAUGAUUGCAUUCUAUAUCGUAAGAGUUUUGUGGAUGCAAUAUCGUGUCCCACGUGCGGUGAGUCUAGGUGGCAAAAGAAAAAGAAUUCUGAUGAGGUAAAGAUUGGUGUCCCUGCAAAGGUAUUAUGGUACUUACCCCCAAUACCUCGUUUGGUUCGAUUCUUUCGAAAUGUCAAUCAUGCAAAAAAUUUGACCUGGCAUGCCACCGAUAGAAAACUAGAUGGUAAGAUGAGACAUCCACUCGACUCCCCGCUUGGAAAACAAUCGAUGCUAGGUGGCCUCGAAUUUGCAAAUGAACCUAGGAAUAUCCGUCUUGGUCUUUCUGCAUGGAAUUAA